UGCACUCCACGACAGCCAGCCUGUUGCACCCUUACUUAGUUUUACCUUUAUAUAUUUGUUUUAGGCUUUAGGCAAAUGAUUUUGCUACAGGAUCAAGUUACUAUCUAGUUUCAACACUCACUGUUUCAAAAUCCAUAUUUCACUCACUUUUCACUAAAGUGAAUUGUUCCAGGGUAAUUCGGCUUCAGCUAUCGCAUGUCCUCUAGUGGAUACAGCCGGUACCGCCACCCAAGAACUCCACAACUUUAUGGUAAGAGCGCAGGACUGGCCUUUCUUGGGCGGAGCGUGUGAGACUGCCGGUCACGUGAGGCCUGUGUACUUUCUGGCGCUGGCGGGAAGAAAUGAUGGAUGUGGAAAUGGUAGAAAGCUCUGCCGGGGAAUCGGGCAGUAAACAGGCUGCCUCGGCAAGCAAGGGCCUGGCCGCAACUUAUGAACUUCCUUGGGUAGAAAAAUACAGACUGUUAAAGCUAAAUGAGAUUGACGGAAAUGAAGAAACAGUCAGUCGCCUAGAAGUCUUUGCAAGAGAAGGAAAUAUUCCAAAUAGCAGAAUUGUGGUAAGUGUUUCUACAAAAAAAACAACAAGUAUUUUGUGUUUGGAACGUGCACUUCUGGGUCCCACCAUGAAAGAGUCUGUCUUAGAGCUCAACGCCUCAAAUGACCGCAUUGAUGUAAUGAGAAACAAAAUUAAAAUGUUUGCUCAGCAGAAGGUCACCCUUCCAAAAGGGCGUCACAAAAUGAUCAUAUUGGAUGAAGCUGACAGCAUGACAGAUGGAGCCCAGCAAGCUUUGAGAAGAACUAUGGAAUCCAAUUCCAAGACGACACGCUUUGCUCCGGCAUGUAAUGCUUCAGACAAGAUUAUUGAGCCCAUCCAGUCCCGAUGUGCAGGGCUUCGUUACACAAAACUGACAGACGCUCAAGUCCUUGCAAGGCUGAUAGAGGUUGUUGAGAAGGAGAAAGUUCAGUGUACAGAUGAUGGGCUUGAGGCUAUAGUGUUCACUGCACAGGGAGAUAUGAGACAGGUACUGGUGUCUAAAGACAUACGUUUUACCCUGUACAUUGUGGAAUCAGCGGUGCUAAAGCUGACCAUGACCAGAUGUAAAGAUUUUUAAAAGAUCCAAUCCUCAUCGUGAGAUCACGAUUAUCUCGGAAUGAUCAUAUGAAUUUUCCAUCAACUAAAAAGACCAAUUUGCCAGGAAAACAAAGGGGAGCUGCCUGCU